AUGCUCGGCGACCAGGAACUUACGGAUACACCUAUGGAGAAUAAUAUGGGAGAUGGUCCCUUUUCCAAUGGUACGUCGAUGUCCCAGAAUACAACCUACUGGGGUUCUCAGAGUCAACUUCAAGAUCCUUUCGGUCAGUCUUCUUUUCGCAAUUCAGCGUUUUUCUCCACCUUGACUGAGAACCCCAAUCCACCCCAGCCCUCUACCUCUACAUCGGUGAAUUUCAUCGAUAGAUACGACACCUGGUUUGAUACUACCAUGACAGGGGCUACCAACGAUCCCCAGAUGCUUGAGCCCUUCCAAGACAUUACCGAGAGUCACACUCCUGGGCAGAGGACCACGGGUGAAUCACUGUCCGCUGUGGAUGGGAAUGCUCCUUCAGCACAAUUCCCAGUUACGCCCGACAAUGAUGCUUUCGCAUACCCAACACCUGCAACUACAAACAAUAACCUUGGGAACGUUUCAUCCAUGGGCCUGGGAUCGCGUGGUAUCCAGCAGCCAGCAAUCCCAACCAAUAUGGCGAACCCCCAGGUAAGUGUUUCUUCUGGAAACACAAAUCCCGCAACUGCUAACAAUAGGUUCAGAGAUCUUGCCUGGGUAGAGCUAGGGGCUCCUAUUACCAACGAGCCAGCAGUCCUUGUCCCCCGACAAAGGAACCCAAGACCCGAAGCUGCAGCAGAAGCCCCUCCGCCCGGCCACUGGUGGUAUCGGCUUUUCGGGACUCAGCUAUUCGGGGAUCCAAAUGAGGCAGCUGGAACAUCGUCGGCAGAUGAGACAGAUGAAAAUUCGACGGCAGAUGAGACAGAUGAAACUUCGACUACAUAUAAUCCCUUCCCGGCUGCGCAGUCUAGAUCUGCUGCGCUCCAAGGGUACUUUCAACCUCGGCAUGGUCAGCAAAGCACAGAAUUUGGCCUAUUCCAUUACCUGAUUCAACAGCAGCUUGUUGCUGGAAUACCCUCUAGUGGUCUCCAGGUGAUGCCCGACCUGAACUGUCGCCGCCAAAAUCCAAGACCACGGCUCUCGAGAAUAAUGGAACUUUAUAGGCCAGAGUACGGGUAUGUCAUGGAGGACUACCCGAGAUACAAUGGCACUGUACCCUCAAUUCCCACAAAUGCCCGGCUGGCACCUAUGCAGCCUUCGCCGAUGCAGCCUACACCUACGCUACCCAUGAGUACUCAGGGCCCUGAGCCGUCUAACCAUGAGGACUUCGAUGUUUCGGAUCGGGGACUAAUGCAGCUGGAAUCGGCCGAUGAAAGCAUACCUAGCCUUUUUGGUAUCCCUGAACUCGAGUCACUGCUACAGAUCGGAUCCAUUGACCUUGAUGAGAUGGAAGAGGAUAACGAUGGAAAUGGCAACAAUCUCGAUUCGCUUUUUCGCAAAUAA